AUCAUCUCUUUCAUUUGAUCACGAACCCGGUAGUAAGAUUCUCUCCACCGUCCUGAGUGAACUCGGUCGGUGUGAUCGUGACGUGUAUUGCCAAGGAGUCCGUCGAUUUGUGUUGGUUGCUAAUAAUGAAGUUGGUCAGUUUUGUCGCCGAUGAUAUUAAGUGAUUAUCGGCGGAAGACGUAAAGCACAAAGUGAGUUUUAACCAGAGUCUUUGGGAGCAAUAAUGCCUCUCCGGGUCAGCGGAGGAGACGGACGGGCUGUUAAAGAUGUGAUGCGCCUCUUGUUUCCGCUCGUCGCCGUGUUGUUGUUGACGGUCGGAGUUGCUGCGGCUCCAGAGGAGGACAAAGCUGCUCAUGAGCAACUCCCCGCGGAGAAAGCAACGACUCCUCACCCGGUGGGCCCGGCAGUCGCUGAAAAUGACCCGAGCAAAGGAAACCUGGGAUUCAUCCACGCCUUCGUGGCCUCCAUCUCCGUCAUCAUCGUCUCUGAGCUCGGAGACAAAACCUUCUUCAUCGCAGCCAUCAUGGCGAUGCGUUACAACCGGCUCACUGUGCUGGCGGGCGCGAUGCUGGCUCUGGGACUCAUGACUUGUCUCUCUGUGCUGUUUGGUUACGCCACCACCAUCAUCCCGAGGAUCUACACGUACUACGUGUCGACCGCGCUCUUCGCCAUCUUUGGUAUUCGCAUGCUGAGGGAGGGGCUGAAGAUGAGUCCAGAUGAAGGCCAGGAGGAGCUGGAAGAGGUGCAGGCGGAGAUCAAGAAGAAGGAUGAAGAGCUCCAGAGGACUAAGCUGCUGAACGGCUCCCCGGAUGUCGAGGCCGGGACUAUGGCUCCUCAGAAGAAGUGGCACAGCUUCAUCUCCCCCAUCUUCCUCCAGGCGCUCACCCUCACCUUCCUGGCAGAGUGGGGUGACCGCUCUCAGCUCACCACCAUCAUCCUCGCUGCUCGAGAGGAUCCCUUUGGAGUUGCUGUCGGCGGGACACUGGGUCACUGUUUGUGUACAGGCUUGGCCGUUAUAGGAGGGAGAAUGAUCGCCCAGAAAAUAUCUGUCAGAACAGUCACAAUCAUCGGAGGGAUUGUCUUCCUGGCGUUCGCCUUGUCCGCGCUCUUCAUCAAGCCAGAAGCGUAAUCAGCUGAGAGACUUUCAGGUUUUCUCUGUACAUAAGUGUCAAAUGUUCUGACGUUAACGUAGAGAGACUCUAGUUUUGAUUCUUUAAGUGUCCUCGACUCCCAGCAAGCCUCUGAUCCACGCCGCUCUGUAACUCACCGAGUCUUCUCUGGAGGUUUUUAACAUUUAACGACGUUUCCAAAAAGCCCUAACCUGCAGAAUUCAACAAAGGCUCAUGGGAAAUGUAGUUGAAUGUUAUUUAAUCAAUCAGAGACAUAAACUUAGACGUGAACCCCUGAGAAGGAGACACUGGGUUACAGAGGCUGGUGUGGAGAGAGAGGGAUGGAUGUGGCUCUCAACAGGAGCUCAUCUCCAGGUGUGUGAUUGAAAGAUGACCGGAUUGUUACUGAACGCUGCCCUCCGACUCAUCUCUAGAACUUUCUGCUGCUCUGACGCGGAGCCCCGGCUCGCAGACGUCCCUCCCACACAGUCAGUCAGACACCGAGCCUGUUUUCUUUACUUUCACCUUUUCUUUCUUUUUAAAUGUUGAUUUUUUGUCUAUUUUACCUGAGCCCAGGUGACUGUCGACGGAAGAGAGACCUCAGACUGACCUGCCAGUUUCCCCUUAAUGCAUAAAGAUAAUGAUUCUCAUGGUGGGAGGAAACAGAGACCAUAACGAGCAGCACAAAAUGUAAAAUCUGAUUUAAGUUAGUUUAGCUCUGAGACGGCAUUGAAAUAUUUCCUAAGAUGAUCCUCUGCUUCACAUCGGAGCAGUGUUUUACAGAGACAGAGACCCUGAACCACUAGAAUACCUCUCAGUGCAGAUUUCUGAUGUUGGAAGAUCUGCGUAUGAACUCUAGGCACACAGUUGCAUAACAACAAAACUACAGAUAUUUGUAAAUCUGGGCCUAUUUUCACAUAUUUUAGGGUUAAGUAAAAAGUCUUUUUGAGUAGCUCUUGCUAUAAUAGGGGCGAUUAUGACUGCUGGUUACCCUGAAAUGAUGUCUUAAUUAUAUAUUAAGGGCAGUAUACCGCUUUGAUAGCGCUUAUUUUUGUACAAAACCAAACCAGCUUAGCCUUUAAGCUAACAUGUUAGCCAUUUGACAACUUCCGGAACACCGCCGCACUCAUUAAUGUCACCUUUCCCUAAUCGACCAGUCAAAGCCGAGAAGAGGCGGGACUUCUUAUGUCAACUCUGACAACAACAACAACGGCGGUGGUUCGUAGGAGCUGAAAGUAGCUACACUUGAUUUUUCGCGGCACAAUUCCGAGGUGUAGAGCUGCUGCUAAUGCUACGACACGGUUAAUUGUUUCACGUUUUCUUCGUUAAAUGCUGUCGAAGUAAAGCAAACAUGAAUCAUACAGAGCAUUUAAAACAGUCUAAAGGCCAAAUUCCACCAGAUCCGUGUCCGGUCCGUCUCCGAUCCGUCACAGCACCGGAUCUGAUCUGUUUCUAUUCUAGUCAAUGUGUUAACUUCCACUGGGUCCGCUCCGUUACGUUACAGCUGCGUCUCUGAUCCAGCAGGUCGGAACGCAACUGAUCAGAUACGCAAGACUUCUAUUUUUGCCGGAUGCCGAAGCACGGCGCAUCAAUUCAGUACAGAGCAGAUGGAGCGGGACAGGAAGUCAGGCAAAAAAACAAAAUAAAGACCUGGUUAAUUUUCUGAAUGAAACAGCGUUAUCGUUAGAUUGUUUUUAACUUCACUAUGACCAAAAAAUGUCAUUUAGAGCGGAGCCAGGCCUGGAGUCAACAGGUCAGAGGUUUUCAGAGGACACUAAAGACAACAUGGAUGAGGAGUGGAGGAGGAGAAUCCUUGAUUCAGUGAUUGCCGUGGGAAAACCUCGGUCACAUGAGUCCAGCUGUCCGGCGGUCCUUCUCCGUGCUGCGUUCUGAAGACUCCACCGGUGGGUGUUGACGGACGAGAGCGCACAGAGCCAGACCGCAGCGGAUCGGAGACGGACCGGACACGGAUCUGGUGGAAGUCCCGUGUAACAGUCACUAUUAAAGGAAGCUAAAGUGCGGCAGUAAUGGCUGCCGUAAUCUAGCGACAGUACUUGCGGGUGAGACGCGUUCUGACGUCCUCGGAUUUGUUAGCACACAAAAAAAUGGCGUCAAGGGACAAAAUUGUCGUUUUUGACGCUGAUGGAUCGUUUUUCUGUUCUGAAUUGGAGAUACUAAAGUUUUGCAAUUAAUUCACCUACACUCUUUAUCACUGACGGGUUCAUGUUGUUACUCUAAGUGUGAGAAAGGAUCCAAACAUAGGCAGACCUCUUUGUUAAAGAGGAAGAUGCUUUUAAAACCAGAAACGGCUGUUUCAUCACCCUCGUCAAACCACCAAACUCCGGCUGACGUUCAGGCCUUGGUGUUUUCAGGAACUCGUCUUUAGACGUGCUUCUAGCGUCUCAAAAUACAUUCAGUUCAGGUGAAAUGGAAGUUUUAGAGGUUAGGGCGAGCAGACAGAGACAGAGGUUGAGUAAUGGCGUCUGUUUGUGUGUUAACAUCACUCCAACAUCACAGGACGUUUACACAAUGCAAACGCAACAGAAGAAACAUGAAGCUGACAGCUGUAACGCAACGCAACUCCCUUUUAAGCAAACAGUAAAGAGUACGACGAAGGCUCAACAUGAACAUCAUUGCUCAUGUUGAACAGAUCCAGUAGUUUUCAUUUACACCUGCUGCUUACUCGGAUGAUGCCCGGAAGUUUGAGGCGUGUCCAUUGGUGUGAAAGGGUCUGCACAAAAUACUUUGAUUGUGGCACUUGUGUCGAUUAAAGUCCUGUUAGUGUUUAACAUUAGCCACCAUCUUUGGUUUCUGAAUCGUCUUAUUCAUCAACAAAAAGCUCUGUCUUCGUAGGGAUCCUCUCAAGGGACACUUAGAAUAACAACCUGAGCCUGUUAGUGAAAACAAAAGCAACUUUUUAGACCUUUAAGUAUGUGAAAAUAGGCCCAGAGUUUAUAAAUGUCACAUGCAUCCUUUACAACAGCUCAUCACACGGCUCUCUCUCUCUAUAUCUCAUCGAUACGACGACCUCUGAUUCCCUGUUUCUGCUGCAGAUUGUCAAACAUCAUAGAUAAAGCAGGAGAAAGGCCAGUUCCCCUCCACACGUGUGAACUCUCUGAAAGUUUGAGUUUCGCUGCCUCCUUUGCUCCUGCCCCUCAAUCACACAAAUCAAUAACUUGAUCAGGUACAGAAUGAGAGAAAAACAGCUGAUUGAUCCUUUAAAAACAAACCUUACAUGGUGUUUAAAUCACUCCUGGAGCCAGAAGCAGCUGUGUUUUAGUUACAGUUACACCUGAACACAGCGGCGUCAUUCUACGCCUGAGCUUUUAUUUAAAGUGGUAGAUAUUUAUUUAGCUUCUUUUCUUUGUAACUUCAUGUACUGUAGAGACAGACAGGGAGGGGGAGGUCACCGCAGACAACACAGGAAAUAUUUUUAUAGAGGCUCAGGCUGCAUUGUCAAUAUUUGACAGACUCUGCUCAGCUGUGAAAUAUUUCUGUUUGUGAUACAGGAUGGUUUAAAUGUGGAUAAAUCGAAAACACUCAAUAAACAUGUUUUAUGUGUCUGAUUCAUAAA